ACCAUCCGAGCUUCGCAUAUCGACCGCAAACCAAAGGGCAACCAGACGGCGGCUCGGCCGUCAGCUCUUUAAGACCCCGUCAUCGAUGGCUUCCGAACGCGAAACAAACGUCCGGUGCUCGAUCGAAGCUGCCGACGCCUUUGUGGAAUGGUACUACAACCAGAUCAACCAUUCCAAGCCGAUAGCCUACGGCUAUGUAAACGGCAACUCGACGUUUGAAAGAGCGGGCCACCCGCCUGCCGACAUUUGCAUCAACGGGCUGGUUGUCGCCACGCCCCAAGAAUGGGAAAAACUGCUGGAGCAGCAGCGGCACAGGCCGCAAUCAUUAUCGCUGGAUAAGAACGCUGUGCACUACGUCGUCGAGGGCUACGACGUGCACGUCAUCAACAGCGACUACCGCUUCGCCGCCCCGCAGAAGAUGCUCGAUAUCCAUGGUCCCUCCGACGGCGUGCGCAUGAUGAUGAUGCUGACCGUUACCGGCUCCGUCUACUUUGGCGCCAACAAGAAGGACAACGAAGAUUAUACCCUCAAGCAGCACUUCCACGACGUCUUCAUCCUGGUACCGAACUGGGAAAUUCUCGAGAAGCCCGGCGCCAGGUAUGGCAGGAAAUAUCUCAUAGCUUCCCACAACUACCGUGCCUUUUGAAGGUGCAAAUCGGCAAGAUUAGGCCACUUUGUCAAUCUGGCGCAUGUGUUGGUUCUGGAUCAUUAGGUUUUAUUCGGGGUCAUGUAUGCAGUCAAUCGGAGUUUCACGAUCAUAUAUCAGGGGCGCUAUACUGGAGGCUAC